UAAUUAUAGCAUCAUUUCAUAUACAAUGCAAAAUAUUUAUAUAAUAUUAUUUCUCGGAUUAUAUUUUAAUUUUUUUGUUCAUGGCAUAGAAAUCGAUAUAAAUCUCAAACAUAAUUCUGAUUUAGUUAUUGAACCAAUAAUAGGCAGAUUUGAGCAUAGUGAAGGUCCUCAUUGGGAUUCUCAUAUUCAAAAACUUUAUUUUGUUGAUAUAGAAGCACAAAAAAUAUAUAGAUUUGAUCCUAUAACAAAAGAUCUUUCCUAUAUAUUUAUAGAGAAUGGACCUAUUGGAUUUGCUAUUCCUGUUGAAGGAGAACCUCAUAAGUUUGUUGCUGGUUGUGGUAGAGAUUUCAUUUUAGUUACAUGGGAUGAACAUAGAAAUGUUACCAAAUCUAUUCCUAAAGUACUUACUAUUGUUGAUGAUGAUCGAAAUGGAACUAGAUGGAAUGAUGGAAAAGCAGAUUCUUUAGGAAGAUUUUGGGGUGGAACAAUAGGACCAGAAGUAAAUGAUGUUGUUAUUCCUAAUCAAGCAUCUUUAUAUCGUAUUGAUUCAGAUUUUAAACCAAAAAAAGAAUUAUCUCCUGUUACUAAUAGUAAUGGAUUAGCUUGGAAUCUUCAGGAUGAUACAUUUUAUUAUAUUGAUACUCCUACACUUCAAAUAGCAGCAUUUGAUUUUGAACCUAUUAAUGGAACUAUAUCUAAUAAAAGAAUUGUAUUUGACCUCCAAAAAAAUAAUAUUUCUGGAAUACCUGAUGGUAUGACUAUAGAUAGAAAUGGAAAUCUUUGGAUAGCUUUAUAUGGUGGAGGUGGUGUGAUCAAUGUCAAUCCUUAUACUGGUAAAGUAAUACGUCUUAUUGAGCUUCCUGUUACAAAAGUAACCAGUUGCACAUUUGGGGGACCUUUACUAGAUAUUUUAUUUGUAACAACAUCUAGUCGAGAUUUAACUAAAAAGGAAUUGACAGAAAAACCAUAUUCUGGUUAUGUUUUUGCUAUAAGAGGCUUAGGAGUACAUGGUCUUGUAGCAAAUUCAUUUAAAAUUUAAGUAAUAAUUUUUAAAAACAAAUAUUCUUAUGCACUUUAUAUUUAGUAUGCACAGAUGAUAUUAAAAAAGAGAUAAUAAUAAAAAUAAAUAAAACUUUAUAUUUGUUUUUC